AUGAUUCUAGGACGUGAUUGGCAAAGAGCAGUACAGGCAACAAUAACUAUUGAACCGAACGGUGCUGUAUGUAUAACAACUCCAUCAUCAAUUCAAGAAUUUGGAUGCAUUAAAUCCAAAAAUGCAUUUGUUGGAUGUGUUGUACAAACCAGAUAUAACAACAUGCCACUUAUUACCAAAACAUCUGAGAUGAAAACCAAAAAAGUAGACCAACCAUUUCUUAAUCAAGAACAAACCCAGAAACUUGAAUCUUUGCUUAACUUAUAUGAAGACAUUUUUUCAACACCUGAAGCUGAAAUUGGAGAAUUUCCUGACAUAGAGAUGGAGAUUUCCUUGACAAACGACAAGCCUAUUAAAUAUAAACCUUAUAAAGCAACAGAUCCAGACAGAAUUUUCAUGAGAAAUCAAGUAGACAAAUGA